CGUCACUUAUAAUCUUAUAGGUAUCUGUGUGUGUCCGUCGCUGAAAAAUAUCGCGAUUUUUCGGUUCCUGAACUCUCCUUAUUACUUGAAAUUGUAAAUUUAUACUAACUUAAGUAAUAAUUGUAGACCAUUUUUAUAAUUUACUACUAUUUAAAUCACAAUCAUGGGUAGGAAGUUAAAUAAGACACAUCCGAAGAAGGAUAAACAAGGCAUCUCGAAAACCAAAGCUAGAAAAUUGGAACAGCAAUUGGUAUUCCCAAAGUUACCUGAAGAUGGAGAAGAUGAAGCUACAAAACUUUCCCAUCGUCAAAAACAAAGGCUUUCUAAAAGGAAAAUGAAGCAAGAAACUCGCCGUGGAAAAAAAGCAAAAAUUGAUGUUCCUACUGCACAAGUAAAUGGCAAGCUCAGUAAGCAGAAGGUGCCCGUCAGCUCUGAAGACGAGGAAGAGGAAGAAGAUGAAGAACAAUCUGACACUGGCAGCUUUGUGGACCCGGAGGCUGAAAGCGAGCAGGAGGAGGCUAGUGAUGCUGCGGAAGAGGAAGAGAGCAAUGAGGAUAGUGAUGAUGAUGCCGCCCAGAAUGGUAUGGAAAGCUAUGAUGAGGCAGAAGAUGCUGAAGAUGGCAUUGAGAGUUAUGAUGAGGUGGAAGAUGAUGAUGUGCCACAGAAGGAAAAUGUCUUAUUCGACUCAGAUGAUGAUGACGAUGAUGAUCAGGGCAUUCCUGCAAGUGACAGUGAUUCCUCUGAUGGAGAAGAAGGCUGGGCUGCAGCUGAAAAGGAAGCUGAUGAGCUGGAGAAGCAAGUGGUGAAGAUGCCUGGUGCUGCUGGAGAUUCAGAUGACAAUGAAGACAAAAUUCCUUCCUUGACAGCUGUGCAGGCUGAAAUUCUCAACACUCCUAAUGUUCAAAAAUCCGCAGCUCGUGCUAAAGCCGUCAUUGCAAUACUUGAAGACUUCAGGAACCGCUGUCCAGAUGAUCGACCCCGCAAAGAAUAUGUGGAGAUUCUGAAGGCUGAUCUCUGUUUUUAUUAUGCAUACAACAAAUUCCUCCUUGAGAAGUUAAUGGAAUUAUUUUCUCUGUCGGAUUUAAUGGAUUUCUUGGAGGCCAAUCAAUCAGAUCGUCCAGUCACCAUCAGAGCAAAUACCAUUAAGUGCUACAGGAAAGACGUUCGUGAGGCUCUGAACAACCGAGGCGUGAACUGCGAGCCCAUCCCAUGGAGCAAAGUUGGGCUUGUGGUGUACGGCGUACCUUCUAAUGUCCCCCUGGGAGCCACCCCUGAGUACCUCGCCGGCCAUUAUAUCCUUCAGGGCGCCUCGAGUCUGCUGCCGGUGAUGUCGCUGGCGCCCAGGGAGCACGAGCACGUCCUGGACAUGUGUGCUGCGCCGGGGGGCAAGGCCACGCACAUCGCCAGCAUGAUGAAGAACACAGGCGUUCUCUACUGCAACGACUUUAACCCCAAGCGCGUGAAGGCUCUCACUGCCAACAUCCACAGGAUGGGCGUCACUAACACCAUAGUCACGGCGAUGGACGGCCGCGCUAUUGGCAAGAAACUAUACCAGAGCCUGGACAGAGUGCUACUGGACGCCCCCUGCACCGGCACUGGCAUCAUCAGCAAGGACGCGCGAGUGAAGCACACCAAAGAAGAGCUCGACGUGAAGCGCUGCUCGCACCUGCAGGCCGAACUCCUCAUAGCUGCCAUCGAUGCUGUCUAGAACGGCAUCUUCAUCGUGUACUGCAACUGCUCUGUACUGGUCGAGGAGAACGAGCAGGUCAUCAACAGCGUGCUGAAGAAGCGGGCUGUAAAGCUCGUGCCCACUGGGCUUCUCAACAUCGGAGCUAAAGGAUUCACUAAAUUCAAACAACACAGGUUCCAUCCUAGCCUGGAACUGAUGCAGCGCAUUUAUCCACACAAGAAUAAUAUGGAUGGCUUCUGUGUGGCCAAACUGAAGAAGUUAUCUAAUCAGCCUCCAAAGAGCAACGUCAAAACAUAAAGUCUCUUGAUUA